CCCGGGCUUAAAACUUCUUUUCGUCAGCUAAACUUUGCCUGAAGACGGAACCGCAGGAAUUCCGACGGAGAGAGGUAGGCAAUCCUGCUCACGAGCGCUGAGAUCUGUGAGAGAGUGAGAGCGGGGAGGAGACCACCGCUGGCCUUUGGAACCAGUGAAUCGGCCGACACCGACACAGGAACAAGCUCCCAAUGGCGUACGAGAUCCCCUUUGAUCUGAUCCACCGGCUUCAGUCCGGCCUCCGGACGGCGGCCGGCGUCCCGUCGUACAACCCCACGGACCCGGCGCUGCCGCCCCUCGCCUCGAUCGAUGAUGCGGUGGCGGAGCUCGACACGACCCUGCCCCCCUACCUCCGCUGCAAGCGAUGCCGCGGCGGCCUCCUCCGUGGUCUCCAGUCCACUCUCUGCAUCUACUGCGGCGCCGACCGGGGGAAGGAAGGCUUCUCCUACGAGAUUUCCUUCAAUUCUACCGUCGGCUGCCGGAAGCUCCUCGAAUCCCUUGGUCUCGAUGGAUCUGAACCUGUUACUUUGGAAACUGAAUCAAGUGAUCCUAAGGGCAAGGAUACACCAAUGGGUGGUUUGGUUUUAUCUGAUCUUUUGGAUUUGGAACUGAAGUGGCCUUUGGAUAAGGAGGAAGUUGAUAAUAGCAGUACAAACAACAAGUCCCCUACCAAUGCUUUUGCUUUGAAGUUGUCAGGGGUUGACCUUGAUAACUUUUUUUCUGAACCUAAGAUAGAGGCAGCUUCUGCUGCUCCUAGCAUACCUAAUGAACAGAUGAUGCCAAGCAAGCAAAGCAUGAAAACAGAAAUUCAUGACUUUUCUGGUUCAGAUAGUAUGUUUGAGAACCUUCGGUCUUCAGACAUGAAAGCAAGUUCUUUUAACAAUAAAAGUGGUGAAUUUGGAGAUUCUUUCACAGUUUGGGAGGCCGAGUUUCAAAGUGCUAAUUCAAAUACUUCUGAUUCUGAUUCUAAAUCAGUCGACCUGUUUCAGGGUUUAUCAAAUACCAAAUUUGUUACUGCACCAAGGCCUGAGGUCACUAUCAACUGGCAGACUGAUGUACAGAAUGAGAUAUGCAGCAAAGGUAACACAGGAAAAUCUACAUAUGAUGCAGGUCAACCUUCCUCAAGUAAUACUUGGAUUCCAGAUGAUUUUUGGCCUAUGAAAACUGGGGAAGUAAGUAAAUCUGAUCAGUUCAAGAGCAAAGAUGAAACUAAUAUUGAUGAACUGAAUAAUAACUCAAAUUAUAUGCCAGACCAUGAGGUUCAAGAUGAUCUAUGGCCUCCAAGCAGCACAAAGGAAUCUGAUAAUACUAAAAGCAUAAAUGAUAAUGAUGACUCUAUUGAUGAUUGGCAAGAUUUUACCGGCUGGGGCAAGGCACAGGAAAGUUCAUCAAAUUUGGGGAUACAAACUGAGCCCAAAUUGUCUGAGCUACCAUCAGAAACAAAGUCAGUGGAUCUAUUGUCUCCAAGCAGCACAAAGGAGUCUGGCAAUUCUAAAAACUUGGACGGUAAGAAUGAUCUCUUUGAUGAUUGGCAAGGCUUUACUAGCUUGGGUUUGUCAACUUCAGGGUCACAAGCUAGGGCCACAUUGGUUGAGCAUCCUUCAGAAACAAAGUCAGCAGAUUUAUGGUUUACAAGCAGUACAAGGGAGUCUGACAAUAAUGAAAACCUGGAUGGUAAUGAUGACUCAUUUGAUGACUGGCAAGACUUUACUACCACAGGUGAAGCAGUGGGAAGUUUAUCGAAUUUAAGAGCACAAACUGGGGCCACGUUGUUUGAGCAUUCCUCAGAAACAAAUUCAUUGGAUCUCGGGCCUAUGAGCAGCACCAAGGAGUCUGACAAGACUGAAAACAUGGAUGGUAAUGAUAACUUGUUUGAUGAUUGGCAGGGUUUUGCUAGCUCAGGUAAUGCACAGGGAAGUUUAUCAAACUCAGGGGCACAAACUGGGGCAACAUUGUUGGAUCAUCCAUCAGAAACAAAGUCUGUGGACCUACAGUCUACAAAAGAAUCUGACAAAACUAAAGCCGUAAAUGGUAAUGAUGACCCACUUGAUGAUGGGCAAGGUCUGAUCAGCUUGGGUGAAACAACGGGGAGUUUAUUGAGUUCAAGGGCACAAACUGGGGAUACAUUACAUGCAUAUCCUUCGAAUACUAGGUUAGCGGAUCUACAAGGUAUGGAAUUUGGCAGCUUCUUGCAUUCAUACUCCUUUUCUCAAACACCUGGCAGUCAAAAUGUUUCUAGUGAGGGGAACAAUAUGCCGUUAGAUGUUUCAAUCUCUAACAGGAUGAGUGCAAUGCAUGAGACAUUUGGUGUGGAUUCCCAUUCUUCUGUGCAAGGGGCCACUGAUAUUAAUAAGAAUUCUACUGCUGCUUUAACUCCAGAAUCUGCCAAUUUCAAAGUUGAGGAACUGUUAUCUCAGAUGCAUGACCUCUCUUUCAUGCUUGAGGACAACCUUUCAAUUCCCGAGAAGACUGAGAGAUCUGACUCCAAUUCCUGAUCUCAAAUUCGGUUCCUGUUAAGGUGUACUAUAAUUUUGAUGGCCUGGUAUGUAACAAAAUCCUAUCUUUUCAAGUGUUCUAGUAGGUAAGAAUUCUGAGAAGAUUGCCAGUAAGACGAAAGGAAUUGCUGCAUUUUUGUCAUGGCGCCAAGCACACGCAUAGCUCAAAUCAGUGUGCUUGCCUGUUUGGAUGUUUACCCACCGCGUGGGACCUGGGUCUUGAUUACCUUUUACCAUCGACACUUUUGAUGGGUUGGAAAGUCUGCUUGGCUGUCUCGAUCACACUGUAGCUGACAUUGAAACUUUUCACGGGAUCCAGGUGAGGAACAGGAAUAUUUGCUUUCAGUAACAAGAUGCACUGCCUGUUGGAGCUGUGCACUGUCCUGUGUGCUUGGAAGCGCAAUGGCAGCGGACUUCCACGGGCAGACCUGUGAUCAUGAUAUUCUUUGAAUUAAUAGACAUCCUUUACAUUGUUUACAGUUUAUGUUUUCUCUGGAUAAUUCGCAAGCAGGUGAUUUAUUUGCUAACCUUUUAAUCAUAAUUUGUAUAUGAUUUGUUGAGGCAAUGGUAAAUUUGCUCUAUUGUGACCUAAGUGUCACUAAUUCAAAACAUAGGAACGGGUAAGACUGCUUACAUUUGACCA